AUGAUUCAGCGGCCGACCACUAUUGACGUCGUCGUCGUCGGAGUUUCGGUCGCAGCGUACCUGCGGAGUCACCUGUCGCACCUGUGUGGUGACGAGCUCAGAUACAGCUUUGAACACCGGCAUGUGCACGGUGUUAUAAAUAAUCUGAAGUUCUAUUCGCGGUCCACAGCAACUAGCUGCACUUUCCAGGCAAGAGCUGUGGCGGUUACUCAGUGCAGCCAGCCAAAAAAGUAUCCAGAGGUGCAGUCUGGCAAGCACUACCUAUGCUCUGGAGGCAUCAUCGGCUACGGUGCUGACAUCUACGCCGUGCUCACUCACAAGGUCGUUGCCGACGGCGACGACGACCAGCUCUACUACACCAACAUCUACCUGGACGCGGAGCUCAGGGACAAGUUUAAGAUUAAGCUGGACCACAAGUCAGAAAUCUUCCAGAAUCUCAACGGCGCUCGAGAUGAUGUUAAGCUGAUGUUUGAGGAAGGCCUACCAUACGUGGAGAACACUGCUUAUUCAACCAGACCCAUCGUCCUGCACGGCAAUGGACUAUCGAAGAUGUACCUCUUGUUCCUGACUAACUACGUGCCGGGCAUGUGGACGGUCAACAGGGGAUGCAGCUGGUGUGAUGACGACCUCAUCAGACUCAACGACCGCGAGGAGUCGGCGUACCCGCUCGUCACGGUCGCGUUGUUCAUCGAGAAGCCGACGCCAUUCAUGGAGGAACAUCUGCAGUUGUUCACCAGUCAGUUCUACCCGAAGAAGAGGAUCGACUUGUUCAUCCACAGCGCGACGCGGUACCACGCGCAGCACAUCGACACCUUCCUGACAGAGUUCAAGGACCAGUAUCGCAGCAUUCACCACAUCAGCGCCAACAAGUCCGUCACCGAGUGGGUGGCGAGGAACGCCGGCAUAAGCCACUGUGUGGAGAAGGGCUGUGAAUUCUACUUUGUUGUGGAUAGUGAGGCCCAGCUGGUCAACCCCCGGGCCAUACAGCUGCUGGUCGAACAGAACCUGUAA